CUCUUUACUCCAUUUAUUGCCGAAGCGCCUAGCCAGAGGAUCACCGCCAUCAUCAUGACUGACCAGAACAGAGUUUGGCUCAACGAGAAGCCGCAUUCUGUCGAAGGUCACGUUAACACGGCCACUCUCCUUUUCCAAGGGAACAUAGUCUGGGGGCCCCGCGGAUGCCACGACAACACAGUCGAUAUCCAAACCGCCCUCCGCCAGGCGGAUGCUCGCUUCGAGUUGCGACUCGAGCGGAAGCCACACUCGGUUGAAGGCCACACGCGUACUAUCAAUAUCAGGGCUCGGGGUAGGAUGCUUCUGGAGAAUCACUCUUGCCACGACAACAUGCAAAGCAUGGCCGACAUAAUCAACGGCAUCUGGAUCGCUUCGCCGCCCACUGGCGCGGCGGCAGAUGAAUAACCGAGAUAGCCAGUUGGCGAGGAAAGGCAUGGCCUCGGCUUGAGGGGCCAGAUUGAGAGUUCAUACAACAUGACGUUCUUGGAUAGGGUAGAGUUGCUUUCAACAAGCCAUUCUCAUCGAGAAAAAAAGCAGUUUGAAGUAUAGUGGGUGUAGGAGGAACUGUUCUCGUUGCAAUCAUGUUACUCAGGUAGCGGCCAGACGACUUGUUGGUCCACUUGUUUCAAAUAGGUUACUUAGGCCAGUAGCUGGACAAUUCACUCCUUAUAUCUAUGGUA